GUAUACUUUUCUCUCUUUGAAACAAUGAAACACGUACCCUUGGCUUUCCCUUCAAGCAAGGGCUCCCCACAUGAAGAAGCCCUGUUCACGUCUGUGUGCCAAUAUGGUGGGGUAGUUGUCAGUGACCCCACUGUCCUUAGUACUUAUUAGUGUUUGCCAGCCCUCGGUGAGCUUCGUGUUGGAUCUCCACCUUCGGCUCAGGAUUGAUGUGUGAGAACUCACACAUCCACUGCAAUAUUCCAUAACUCUCCCGUGAUUUCUUUUCUUUCUCCUUUCCCUUGUCCACUUCAUAUCCCCUCAUAUCUCCUGAGCACCUAGUUCCUUCUUUAAUGACUCCUUGCACUGAACGCCGUGACCAGUCUUAGAAGCAUUAUAAUCUGAAGAAAGCAAUCAAGUCUCCAACAAUAAAUGGUGGUUUACUAUUUUUUUUUAAAAGAUGGAAACUGUCAUAUGGAAAUGGGGGCAUCGAUGCCUUAACCUAUUCCAAAACUUUAUUUAUCUCAUAUCCGGCCAGGAAAUAGAAUGUAGGCGUGAGAGCGAGAGUGCGUGUGUGCCGGCUCACGUGUGCACAGGUGCAUGUCUUUGAAGCAGCAUGAAGCCAAAAAGUCUUAUCAAUUAAAGUUAAGCAAAAUUUGUAAUCAAUUUUUAAAGUAGGUAUGUUUUACGGCCUGGUGUUAUUUGAAAGCUGAACAGCUGAUGUCAAAAAUAGACUCCCCAUUCUUUCCAAAGUGUGGCAAAAAUAACCACAUGCCUUUCUUGGCCUCCCGACUCUCACCCCAGAGGGUUUUCUUGUAUAGGAACCAACAAUGCCUUGGAUGGAAACUCUGGAUAGGCUAGUCAUUAUUUUAAGAUUUAGGAGAUUGCAGAUUCUUGGCAGACCUUGGUUGUUUUUCUAGAGUAGUAGAAAAAAGCAAGGAGCCGAUCCAUGUUGCUGGCUUUGGGUUCUUCGUGAACAAAUGAGACAAGAAAAUCUGCAGAAUGCAGGGCAUUUACCCACUGAUGGGAAGGUUCCAGAACAAAGAAGAGAUGGAAGAAACAGGUUAGCGAGAAGCAGUAAGAAACUAAUACAACCUAUUGCGAGCGACCAGAUCACGCCUGCUAGCUUGAGAGAGGAAUGACUUGGCAAAUUGAUGGCUCCGCGUGAAUCUUCAUACAGUUUCCCCGACCGCCGUCCCCCCUGUUCGGUUUCAGUAUAUGUGUCGCCAAAGGGAGCAGUCGUGUCCCUCCUUAUGGAGAGAAGGGAACCGAGACCGAGAGAGAGAGAGAGAGAGAGAGGCCAGUGUCCAAGGCCCCACAGGAAGCGAAGGGAAGAGCUGGCAGGAGGGAGACAUGCCAGCUCUGUCCAAUCUGACGCAGACGCUGGAAGAUGCCUUCAGAAGGAUUUUUAUUACUUAUAUGGACAACUGGCGCAGGAACACGACAGCUGAGCAAGAGGCCCUGCAAGCCAAGCUUGAUGCUGAGAACUUCUACUAUGUCAUCUUGUACCUCAUGGUGAUGAUCGGCAUGUUCUCCUUCAUCAUUGUCGCCAUCCUGGUGAGCACGGUGAAAUCCAAGCGACGAGAGCACUCCAACGACCCCUACCACCAGUACAUCGUGGAAGAUUGGCAAGAGAAGUACAAGAGUCAAAUUUUGAAUCUAGAAGAAUCGAAGACCACCAUCCAUGAGAACCUCGGGGCAGCGGGGUUCAACAUGGCUCCUUGAUGAGGAGGAAAGGCGUCAAGCCAACGGCGGAUACCUGGAUGUGAAGAGACACCUGUGCCGUGGAGCAAAUCCAAGUUGUCACUGCUUAGACGACACUAAGCUCCUUGCUUUCUGUUGAGAAUUUUCAUGGAGAUCCUGUGGCAACUCAACUCAGACGACAAUGGUAAUCUCAGUGUGAUUUAGACUUGCUCAUCAGAGCCGUGUUUUAUGCUGAAGAUCCCUUUUACUUUCUGUGCAACAUAAAUGUCACUUCGGUCAAUGUCAAAUUUGACACGUUUGUCGAGUGAGUGGAAAUAAAGUCAAAUUUGAAGGACAGCGCCUGUGUGCUAGCGGUGAGAGCGCGGGGGAGGAGGGGGAGGCAGGUACCAACAAGUCACUGAACUGUCUUCCUCAUGAAACAGUAUUUUGUAUGUGACGAAUUCGCUCUAUAAAUAACCCAGAUGUAUUGCGCAGAGGCUGUGGUUCAAAAAUGUGUCACCUGCUCACUGGCUUGACAUCAGAGCGUUUAUUUAUUCAUUCAUGAAUGUCAAGUCUGAAGUGAUGAGUGAACAGAAUCACCAGGUGACUUUAUGUAUAUUGUUUUCCCGGCAUCUGGCUUACUGGGAAGUCUGUCGACAGAACAAACAUUUCACGAGGGCAAAUCGCCCACAACAGAGAGGUAGCAUCUUUAAGAAGUGCCCAGUGCAACAGAAACAUAUUUUUAAAUUAACAUUUAAAGUUUUAUGGAAAACUAACCCUUUAAAGUUCUUGUUAUUAUAGAAAAGGAUAAUGAAAAGUUGUGACAUCACUUUAUAAAUAGCAUAUUCUUUUCAGUCA